AUGGUGGAAAAUUUCAUGGAAGUUUUUAUAGACGAUUUUUCUGUUUUUGGAUCUUCCUUCCAUGAUUGUCUCACAAAUCUUGACUUAAUGCUUGCUAGGUGUGAAAAAACCGACUUGGUCCUCCACUGGGAGAAAUGUCACUUUAUGGUCAAGGAGGGUAUAGUUUUAGGCCACAAGGUUGUGGAUCAGGAUGCCAAGCCAAGAUUGAUACGAUGGGUUCUCCUUCUUCAAGAGUUUGACAUAGAGAUACGCAACAAAAAGGGAAUGGAGAAUGUAGCAGCUGACCACUUGUCAAGGCUUGAAAACCCACGAUUGCAAGAAGAUAGAGUUGGAGAUGAUUUUCCGGACAAGUAUAUUAUGGUGACCGUGGGAGAAGAAGCAUUGUUUGGAAAUAUAGCUAAUUACUUAGCUAGCAAAUACAUCCCAAAAGAUCUCACAAAUGCAACCCAAUUUGUCAAAGAAUGUGAUGCAUGUCAAAGAGUGGGAAACAUUUCAUCUCGAAAUGAAAUGCCACAACAUAGUAUCCAAGUGUGUAAAGUAUUUGAUGUGUGGGGGAUCGAUUUCAUGGGAACAUUUCCCAUGUCCAAAGCCAACAAAUAUAUAUUGGUGGCGGUGGAUUACGUAUCCAAGUGGGCGGAGGCACAAGCUUUGCCAACCAAUGAUGGUCGGGUGGUGGUGCGGUUUUUAAAGAAGUUAUUUUCAAGAUUUGGAGUCCUGAAAGCUCUUAUAAGUGACCGAGGCACUCAUUUUGCCAAUGAUCAACUAGAGAAGGUGCUAAGUAAAUAUGGGGUAACCCAUAAAUUUUCUACAUCCUACCAUCCGCAAUCUAGUGGACAAACCGAUGUGACAAAUCCAGCUUUAAAGAGAAUCUUGGAGAAAUCGGUGGGGAGAAAUCAAAAAGAAUGGUUGGAUAAGCUAGAUGAUGCACUUUGGGCCUUCCGUACAGCUUUCAAAACCCCUAUUGGUAGUACACCAUAUAGGUUAGUUUAUGGAAAACAAUGUCACUUACCGGUGGAGAUAGAGCAUAAAGCUUUUUGGGCUUUAAAGAUGUGCAACUUCAACAUGGAGGAGCUCAAGAACAACCGGUUAAUGCAAAUGAAUGCUCUUGAGGAACUUAGAAAUGAUGCAUACGCUAGUUCUUUGAUCUAUAAGGAGAAAACUAAGAAUUGGCAUGACAAGAGGAUCAAGGAAAAUAAAGAAUUUCAUGAAGGGCAAAAGGUGUUGCUCUUUAAUUCAAGGCUAAAACUCUUCUCGGGCAAACUCAAGUCAAGAUGGGAUGGUCUUUUUCAGGUGAAGAAGGUGUUUCCACAUGGUGCUAUAGAGCCAUUGUCAAAAGAUGGUACCCCUUUCAAGGUACCAUGUCUAGAAGAGUUCAGAAUUCAAGAGGGCGAAGCCAAGGGGACAUCCAGUGGCUCUCAUUUCGCUAAAUCACAUCCAAAUCGUCUCAAGCCCGUGCCAAAAACAAGUUAG